GCAGGCAGAGGCUGGCACGUCAUAGGCAGGACACCUGGGCGGGCGGCGAAUGGCAGGAGCGGCAAUGGCAGCAGCGAUCCAGAUAAGACACGGCCGCUCCUCCAUCGCACCAGGACGGCCUUUGGUCAUUCACCAUCACCAUCGACUCACUCGUCGAGACCUCAGGAGACCAAGACGUCCUCCACCUCCCGGCGCCACACUUCGACUCGCCGAGACAGGCGUCCAGCCUGAGAACCGACCCGAACCCACGCCACGCCCGCCGAGUUGGCAAUCUCGAACCUCGAAACUGGGGCUCGGGCUGCAGCCCACUCUAUCUACGCCCCUCUCUAUGCGUGCGGGCCUCACGGGCUACAGAAGAAGCACACAGCUUGGCGCCACCGCCUGGCGCCACCGCCCGACAGAGGAGUCCACCACACCACCACACCCACCACACCACACCACCACCACCACCUUAAGCAGGAAACCCCUCCUCGCCGUGCCCGGCCGUCCCCUUCCUCCCAACUUCUUAUCGCCCGUCGCCCGCUGCUUGCCGCAGCUUCCUUCGUCGUCGUCCCUUGCUCUCCUGUCGCCUGUCGUCCGUCAUCUACCUGCGAGCACUCUCGCGAUAGUGCUGCCCGGCACCCUCGACAGCCACGCACGCCACGCCAGCCGACCGCAAGCCAGCCCGCACGGCCUCGCUGCUUGCCGCCCGCCCUCCGUUUCGUCGCUUCAGCCUCGAGCGCACGGGCUGUCGUCAUUGCCACUCUCGCGACCAUUAGAGCCUUUCCUGUCGUUUCCCAGCGUGUCUUCUCGAUCCAGCGAAUGCUUAAUUGACAGUCGCUGGCCUGUGCAAUCCAUCCCUUCUCUCCGCAGGAGCGCAAUUCCCCGACUAUGCUGACAUAGAACUCAUACCACCAGACGGACCAGCAGAUUCUGUUUGGUCUGCUCGC